AUGGGCGCUUCCUGUUCCUCGUGCUGCGGAGGCAAAUCCCGCGACGGCUUGUAUGAUAAUGUCCUCGCCGAUAGUGAGCGGGAAGCCGUUGCCGACCUCCUCCAGUACCUCGAAAACCGUGGAGAGACCGACUUCUUCUCCGGAGAGCCCCUACGCGCCCUGAGCACUCUCGUCUACUCGGAGAAUAUCGAUCUUCAACGGAGUGCAAGUCUGACGUUUGCUGAAAUCACCGAGCGAGAUGUUCGAGCUGUUGAUAGGGACACUCUCGAACCCAUCCUCUUCCUUCUCCAAAAUUCCGACAUCGAAGUUCAAAGGGCAGCCAGUGCGGCGCUGGGCAACCUCGCGGUAAACACUGAGAACAAGGUCUUGAUUGUCCAGCUUGGUGGUUUGGCCCCCCUUAUCCGCCAAAUGAUGUCGCCCAACGUCGAGGUUCAGUGUAACGCCGUUGGCUGUAUCACUAACUUGGCCACACACGAAGACAACAAGGCCAAGAUCGCACGCUCCGGGGCUCUGGGACCAUUGACACGACUCGCCAAAUCUAGGGACAUGAGAGUUCAACGCAAUGCUACUGGCGCUCUUCUGAACAUGACACACUCCGAUGAAAACCGCCAACAACUGGUAAAUGCCGGCGCUAUCCCUGUAUUGGUUCAGCUAUUGUCUUCCACCGAUGUCGACGUCCAGUAUUACUGCACCACCGCCCUCAGCAACAUUGCCGUCGAUGCCAACAACAGGCGGAAGCUUGCGCAAACCGAACCUCGGCUUGUUCAGUCUCUUGUCAACUUGAUGGACUCCUCUUCACCCAAGGUUCAGUGCCAGGCCGCCUUGGCCCUUCGAAAUCUCGCCUCGGACGAAAAGUACCAGUUGGAAAUUGUUCGCGCCAGCGGCCUCGGCCCCCUUCUCCGUCUUCUUCAGUCGUCGUACCUACCGCUCAUCCUGUCGGCUGUUGCCUGCAUUCGAAAUAUCUCUAUCCAUCCAAUGAACGAGUCCCCCAUUAUCGAGGCCGGAUUCUUGAAACCAUUGGUCGACCUCCUAGGGUCGACCGACAAUGAGGAGAUCCAGUGCCAUGCCAUCUCUACCCUCAGGAAUCUCGCGGCGAGCUCGGACCGGAACAAGGCGUUGGUGCUCGAGGCUGGUGCUGUACAGAAAUGCAAGCAGUUGGUGUUGGAGGUUCCGGUGACCGUACAGUCAGAGAUGACCGCAGCCAUUGCCGUUUUGGCGUUGAGUGAUGAACUCAAAACAAAUCUUUUGGAGCUCGGUGUGUUUGAGGUUUUGAUUCCUCUUACCAAGUCACCUAGCAUCGAGGUUCAAGGAAACAGUGCUGCGGCUUUGGGUAACCUCUCAUCUAAAGUGGGCGAUUACAGCAUCUUCAUCCAUAACUGGAACGAACCAAGCGAUGGCAUCCAUGGCUACUUGAGCAGAUUCCUCGCUAGCGGCGACGCCACUUUCCAACACAUUGCGAUUUGGACCCUGCUACAGCUCCUCGAAUCCGAAGACAAGAAGCUUAUUGGGCUGAUUGGAAAAUCGAACGACAUUGUGGAUAUGAUCAGGCAGAUUGCGAACCGCCAGAUUGAGUCGGAUAACGAAUUGGAGGACGAUGACGAGGGUGAAGUGGUCAGCCUUGCACAGCGGUGCUUGGAGCUCCUCGGCCAGGGAAAUGCCAAGGCCCACAUCGAGGGCUAA